UGAACCAAUCAGGGUGCAGGGUUCCGGGGAGCCGCCCAAUCAGGACGCAGGGCCCAGAGCGCCGUCCAAUGAGAUCGGAGGAGGGCGUACUCCAGUCGCGUGUCCACCGCUCCUCGGCGGCCCCGGCGGCCGUGCGCACCUGCCCCGCGCGGCUGCUCGCGUCCCGGCCUCCUCGGUCUCGUAGGCCCCGGUCGCGCAGCCGCGGGCUGGACGCAGGAAGAGCCCCGAGCGGGAGCGCGAGAUGGACGCGGUGGUCUUUGCGGAUGUGGCUGUGAACUUCACCCCGGAAGAGUGGGCUUUGCUGGAUCAUGGUCAGAGGCAGCUCUACAGGGAUGUGAUGCUGGAGACCUGCAGGAACCUGGCCUCCCUGGACUGUUGCACUCAAGUUAACCCUUUUGGAUCAGGGACUCAGCUGAAUAUUUUGGAGAAUGAACUAUCCAGUGAAGAUAAAAUAGUAACAUUUACAAGAAAUGAUUCCUGGGCUCUUUUUGGAUUAAACUGGGUAUUCCAUCACAUCGGAGAUCAGUCCCAGUCCCAGGAGAGGUGUUUGAGAGGUCAUUUGGUGGAGCGGGUCUGUGAAAGCAGUGAAGAUAAUCGACGUGGAGAAACCAGAAGGCAGAUGACAAGUCUUACCGUGCGUGAGGAUCGUCCUAGUGGAGACAAGUCCUGUCACUGCGCCAAGUGUAGAGAAGCCUUCACAGAUGGUUCUUUCCCUGAGAAUCCACAAAGAUCCCACCCUGGACACAAACCUAGUCCCCGUGAGGAACGUGGGUCGGCCUGCAGCUGUGUCUCGAGCCCCAGCCCUCACGUGGACCCAGGCCUUGGAGAGAAACCUUAUGAACCUCAGGACACUGGGGGAGCUUCGAAGAGAGACUUGAAGAGUCACGGUAGUAAACAGUCGUUAGAGUGCCAGAAGUGUGGGAAAACUUUCCCUUGCAGGUCGUCCUUUCGGGGUCACGUGAGGGGUCACUGUGGACAGAGAGUCCAUGCGUGUGACGUGUGUGGGAAAGCCUUCACGUAUCAGUCUUACCUUACACGUCACGUGAGAACUCACACUGGGGAGAGACCCUAUGAAUGUGUGGAGUGUGGGAAAGCCUACAGUUGCCUCUCGUAUUUUCGAGAACAUGUGAGAACUCACAGUGGAGAGAAACCCUAUGAAUGUCAGCAGUGCGGGAAGACGUUCAAGUAUCCCGCGUCCUUGCAAGGACACAUGACGACACACACUGGAGAGAGACCGUAUCUCUGUCAGCAAUGUGGGAAAGCCUUCGGUUGUCCCAAGUACUUCAGGAGACACGUGAGAACGCACAGUGGACUGAAACCCUAUGAAUGUACGUUAUGUGGGAAAGCCUACAGUUGUUCCUUAUCCCUUCGAGAACAUGUCAGAACUCACAGUGAAGAGAGACCCUACCAAUGUCAGCAGUGUGGGAAGGCCUUCAGACAUCCUCGCUAUUUCCAAAGACACGUGAGGAUGCACAGUGGCGUGAAACCCUACGAGUGUAAGGAGUGUGGGAAAGCGUACAGCAGCUCCACAUCGCUGCAGGAGCACGUGAGGACACACACCGGGGAGAGGCCCUUCGAGUGUCCACAGUGCGGGAAGGCCUUCACUCGUCACUCCUCCCUUCAAGGACACGUGAGGGCACACAGUCUGGAGAAACGUUACGAGUGUGCACAAUGCGGGAAGGCCUUCCGUUGGUCCUCGUCCUUACAAAAACACGUGAGGACACAUAGUGAAGAGAGACCCUAUGAAUGUCAGCAGUGCGGCAAAGCCUUCUGGUACCCCGCCAACCUGAGAGCCCACGUGAAGACACACACUGAGGAGAGACCCUACGAGUGUCCACACUGUGGGAAAGCCUUCAGCUGUCACUCCUCUCUUCAGGUACACGUGCGAAAGCACAGCGGGGUGAAACCCUAUGAGUGUCAGGAGUGCGGGAAGGCCUUCUGGUAUCCCGUGAACCUGCGAGCACACGUGAGGACGCACACCGGGGAGAGACCCUACGAGUGUCAGCAGUGCGGGAAGGCCUACAGGUGCCCCGCGAACCUGCGGGUCCACGUGAGGACGCACACCGGGGAGAGACCGUACGAGUGUCAGCAGUGCGGGAAGGCCUUCAGGUAUCCGGCCAACCUGCGAGCCCACGUGAGGACGCACACUGGGGAGCGACCCUACGCGUGUCAGCAGUGCGGGAAGGCCUUCAGGUACCCGACCAACCUGCGAGCCCACGUGAGGACGCACACUGGGGAGAAACUCUGAAUGGAAGGACUGUGGGAAAGCCUUCACUUGUCCUUAAGAUCGUGUAUAUCCAGUCAGACACACUGGCAGGAAGCCUUAUGAAUGUACAGACUGGUGGGAAACCUUUAGGUAUAGUUCCUCGUAUAGUUUGUACAUAAAAACUCAGGGCUGGACAGCGGUCUCUCUUUGUUAUAAACAUGGUUGUGCCUUGUAAGUGCCUCGUCCCUAACGGGGAUCCCCAUCAUAUUAAUUUCCACUGCAUGUUGCCAGGAGGAACCCCUGAGAUCAAAUAUUCCUCUCUGUGCCCUUUGUAUGAGAUAUAUUUUGUUACUUCACACAUGAAAAUUGUAGAGUUAUAUAAAAUUUCUCCUUUCCGUGACGAUGUCUUUGGGCCCCAGGGGUGACAAGUGAUGUGUGUGUAUAUCUCGCCCUCUCUUGUGGAGACUGGAAACCCCGACUCUGUAUCUGCCCUUCCUUCCAGUCUUCAUGACUGAAUGAUGGAUCCUCACGUUUGCUUACUGCCGCUGUACGCCACAGCUCCGCGCCCCACAGAAAUGAGUGAACGUGCAGGGCUGCGGCGCGAGGACGGUCUCCUCUGGUUGUGUUCCGGUUUCGGCCCCUGCUGAUCGCUCUUCAUCUUGGUGGUUCAUCAGUCAUGAUGGCGUUAAGAAGAGAAACCCUGUGGUGUGAAGAUGAAAGCUGGCUUCUGGCUGGUUCCACUGAACUUCGUUGUGAGUGUGGUGAGGUGGGAGACCAUGUGUCCCAGAGUCCUCCUCUCUGUGAUUCUGAGGUGAAGGCCGUGAGGACAGAAACCGCGUGACGAAGCCAUGCUUUUCCGGCAGGAGACAGAGAUGCGUGGGGACCCACAUGGGCUUGGGUCACAGCGCAUCUUCUCGAUUACUGAUCUGUCGUCUGGAACAGCCUCCAACCUGACACAGGUUUGACAUCCGUUUUUGUUCGGUAGCACACUCCAGACACUUCUCCACGAGCUCUCCUGUGAUGGACCAGCUCGGUUUUCAGGUCCACAUGGUUCCUUGUGCUGCCCUGUGGCUCCUUGUGUCCGUGAGGCCACCUCUUCAGGGCGCCGUGUGUAGGGGUGUCUCUCAUCCUGGCACCGUUCAUCUCCCGUGCUGUUUCUACCGCAUGAUUUCUGUGGUGAGCAUCCUGUCCCUCUCAGGAUAGAUCUGCGUCCUGCCUCCCCCCGACGGAAUUAAUGCUGCAGCCUCAGAUGCGGGAAACCUCCUUCCCUUGUUGCACUGUAGAGAGGCUCCAGUAACCCUGUAUUUCUUCCUUCUGGAUGUUUCUAUAAUUGGAAUAAGCACUUGUGAGUGUAUGGCAGUUUGUGGCAAUUCUCACCAAUAGCUGACGGCUGACUGCUAUCUAAGAGAUAAACCCAGUAUGCUUAAUUCCUUUCUGUUGAAAGAUGUAACUUCCCAGGGUGUUUUUUUUUUUUUUUUUAAACUCGUAAUUCAGAACAGUGGUUUUAUCUUUGUUUUGUCAAGUGUGUUUCUCUCCAUUGUUUCAUGGAAACCACAUUACUGAGAUUUUCAAAUCUGUUGCAUACUUGCAAAUGAUAGGAUGUUUUAUGUCCUCUAUUAUUUUUUUAAGAUUUUAUUUAUUUGAGCAAGAAAGAGAGUGAGCAUGAGCAGGGAGCCUGAUGCGGGACUUGAUCCCAGGACCCUGAGAUCAUGACCUGAGCUGAAGGCGGACGCUUCACUGACUCAGCUGCCCAGCCACCCCUCACAACUGAGUUCUUUUAAAAUAUCCCGUUCGGGGCGCAUGGGUGGCUCAGUGGGUUCAGCCUCUGCCUUUGGCUCAGGUCAUGAACCCAGGGUCCUGGGAUCGAGCCCCGCAUCUGCUUGGCUUGGAGCCUGCAUCCCCCCCGCCCCCCUGCCUGCCUCUCUGCCUACUUGUGAUCUCUGUCUGUCAAAUAAAUAAAGAUUUUUUAAAAA